AUGCCUCACUUGAGGUCCUCCUCUGUCCUUCCCAUCUGCAUUUCGUCCUCCAGAUCCCCCGCGCUCCUCCGCCGCACUCGCCUCUCCUCUCCGCGCACCCUGACAUCCCACCGUCCGUCCCCGCCGCUACCCUUCCCAGUUGUCGAGAUAUGCCCCGAUCCAACAUGUCCCUGCUCCUCCAUGCCCCCUCUUGAUCAAGAAAUAGACCACAAGAAUACUCUCAAUGGGACCAUCUCGGCACACUCACAGCACCUCAUCAUCUCCACAGGACGGUCAGAUUGGACGAGUCGUAUUGAAGAUGAGAGGGAGAAUGGCACGAGCUGGGGCAAGGUUGUGGGCGAUCUGAAGGCGUUGUUGGGUCGCAAAGGGGAGUUUCAUGACGCGUUCAAUGCUACCAUGAUCAGCACCUCGUCAUUCACACCGUUGUCAGCGGGCGGCAAGCAGUCGACAAAGCGGGUCAACGGCAAGGGAGAAUGGGAAGAGCAAGACACCGCUGACGCCCUCCUAUUCCCGGCGUUUCGACACUUUACAGGCCUUGUCCCGCUUUCAGAAGAAGUUGGAGACACCGCAUCAAAUCCACAUACCGAGUCACAACCUGAUCCCGACUCGGUCACAUCAGGAAGUCUGAGAGAUUUCAUCGUCGAAAACCUGACUCCCAAUACUGGGGAUUCGAUAUCCGAUACUGCAGCUGUGCGCUCUCGUUGGCAUAGCUUGCCUAUCACGAACCCCACCAUCUUAAUAUGUAGCCAUGGUCAACGCGACAGUCGGUGCGGCAUCCUCGGACCGGUUCUGCACGAUGAGUUCAACAGGUACCUGGAUCAACGGAAGGGAGAUGACCCGCGGUCUAAGCUGUGUGCUUCGACCACGGAGGAAUUCGUGGCAUCGGAAGGCGAUGAUUCACGCCCAGUCGAAGGAUUGGGACGCGAAAGCCGUGCGAAAGAACAGGGUCAGUCAAUAGACAAGUCAUCGCUCGAGGCUAUCACCAGCUCUACCACGAGUGCGUCAAACGAGCAAUCAACACCACCAGACAUGACGGUAAACGUGGGCAUGAUCUCUCACAUCGGCGGGCAUAAAUGGGCCGGCAACGUCAUCAUAUACAUGCCCCCGGGGUUCUCUGCCGAUGUCACAACGAGUGAGCCAGUCGGAGCUAAUUCUCCAGACGUGUCCCAACGCGCGUCGGGUGUACGGCCACUCCAUCCUCUAGCAGGAAUGAGUAUAUGGUAUGGAAGAGUUGAGCCCCGCCAUGUGGAAGGUAUUGUAGAGCAGACAAUAUUCAACGGCAAGGUCAUCCGCGAGUUAUUCCGCGGCGGGUUGAACCAGAGAGGACAGUUGGUGAGGUUAUGA